AUGGGAUCACUUUUGGCUGAUCAGGGAGAGCCACCUCAGUUCCUACAAAUUUACUUUCUCGCUGACUACAACGAGCAGGUUGAUGCGCGUCUCGGCAUUCUGCCUAGCGAUAUUCCGUCGGUCCCCGUAGAGACAUUUCUGUUCCGUCUACAAGACAUGCUUCACGAAACUAACAGUUACAUCCGAAGCUUAAAGUUUGCAUUGCAAAACAACUCUUCGCCCUCUUUCAGUGUUGUCAUCGAUGCAGACAGACGGCCUCACGGUGAGCAUGAGCUUCGCUUCAAUGCUCCUGCAUGUAAUGAAGUCGUCGCAGUCAUCCACGGUGAGGAGCAUAACAGCCGUGACAUUGUCAUAAGGUACCGGGGCGGUGGUCUGCGCCGCAUCAGUGAAACCCACCGUUCAUACGACUGUCUCCAGUACCCCCUUCUUUUUCCAUACGGAAGCGAUGGGUAA